AGCCCGUUUUUCUUGGUCGCUACCAAAAACUGACUAAAGAACGAAAGACCACCUGGAUGGCGGAAAUCACCGGCGGCGGCCGCGGCGUAGGGGGUCAGGGAGGUCGCCGGACGGUGAGCCUGCUGGCGAGCGCGGCGAAACGGAAGGACGGAUUCGUGCAGCUGCUCUUGAUGUCGGGCGUCCUCAUGAUGAGCCUGCGGUCCCUGAGCCAGAAGCACCGUGUUCGCGACCUCGCCGAAGAUGCCGCCCAGCUCCGCCGCGAGCAGGAGCAGAUCUCCCUCCGAGUGCGCGACCUCCAGGACUCGCUCCACCGCGAGUCCAGCGCCGACGCAUCGGGCGCGCUCGCUUCCCACCUCCGCCGCAUCUUCGCCGCUCACCCGGCCACCCCGGUCGCCCCUGCCGCCGCCACCGACGACAAGUAGCUCGUUCUCCUCGGAGAUCUUCCCUCAGUUCCAUUUCGAUGAUGUUGCAAUCGCUUGUGUAUUAUCGAGAUCUUUGCGCGCAGCGUAGGUAUGUACGUCGCGAACCAUAGCUCUGCAGGCGACGUGUUCGUCGUAAUGCCCCGGAGGCCCUGCUGGGUUGAGUCGAACGUACGAGUAAUUUUUCUUAAUCUACUUACCUCGUGUGACAUUGCUGCUACGCUUGGAUCGAUCAACUUUGGUUUUGCCUUAACAUUUGACAAUUUAUUGAGCUGCUUUGUUGCAUU